UGUGACCCCAUUACGGAGAUACUGAGCUCUUUAUCCUCCAUUCAUCGAUACGGAUCAGCAGGAUUUGUGCCUACUGAACACAAGAACCUUGCUCGGUUGUCGCUGACCGAUAAUGGGAUGGCAAUUCAAUUGCUUGGCGAUCCUUGUUGCAGUCAAGUGAGGCGAUUGAAGUCAUAGAGAACCCAAGCGCAGGACAGGGAACACGUCCGCCUACCUUGCGUAGUCUAUUGACACGGACCACAGAGAUUUGAGUCGACCGCGUUGAAACUCAGGAGAAGAAGCGCGUUGUAUUACCGUAAGCACUUACUAGAGAGCAAAUACGUCUAUUUGCUGUAUGAAGCUAGAGUGCGCUUGCGUCAUGGAUCGAUGGAGCUCGUACGAUUGCAUUGCCUAGAGUGUGCUAUCUGAUGAUGCUUAAGACUGUUCAAGCUUUGAGCAAACAACAAGUUUCUCGCGUCUUCUUUAAUGACCACGGCAAUGCAGCUAUCUUGUAGCAGCAAAUAUGCCUUAAUCAGCUUGGCCGAAUUUCAUGGUGUCAGGAGGAAACCUUAGAAUCAAGGAUAAGACCAAGGAAGCUUUAAUUCGACUGGAAAUCCUUUAUUCUUACAUCAUAUAUCUUGACCGAGAUCAAGAAUCCCGAACAAUGUCGUCAGCAGAGCUAAGAUUCGUUAAGUUGGUAUGAUCAACGUCAGACUGAUUGGUCAUAGCUCAAAUUUUGAUCGACGAAGAGAUUGAAUAAGGCUGAUUACAGUGCUCAGGAAGGCUUUCGAGCGAACCUCUUAUCAUGAAAUCGGCUAAUUUGUUACAAAAGCGUCAGAAGAAGCCAUUAUCUGUAUGUCAUGUUCAAUAAUAUGCUUAAAGGAUACUUAAACGAGUCAUUUUCAAAUGGUGUAUACGUAGCAUCGAAAGAUCUAUCAAGGACGUGACAGAAUUUCUAAUUUAAUGAGAAAGAGCUGCAUCUUACUGUGGUAGACGUAAAAGAAUUGCUAGAUUGUCACAGGGCAUUUUGCUCCGACUGUCAAAUGCAGUACCCAUCUGUCCAUCUUCCUUAGAGCAAAGAAAGCAGCGAGAACAAAAGUGCAGCGCAACCCGCGUCUACUGCUGUCAGGGAUACAAGUUACUCAACUGUCCAUCCCCAAGAAAGUAGGACAGUGCUCACAAACUCUGUGCUCUUUCCAGCUCAUAGAUCGGACAAGGACAGUGAAUUACGAAACAACUUCCAUUCUGAUGACUGUCGAGCGGACUACCCAAGCUACCCGGCUGAAAUUCCCGUUGAUUACUCGUCAUGUAUGAGAGACUGCACCUUCAUCUUCUACUGGCUGGCAGUGCAUGAGCCCAAUUGGCAAGUCUGUGCCGACUAACUACAAGAACCCAGGUCGGUUGUCAGCGAUAUCCGCACUGAUGGCCGAUAAUGAGAUAAUAAUUCAGUCGUGCAACGGACCACGGAAAUUUCACGCGAUGAAGCUGAGAUUUACUGAUGAGAUCAAUGAAACUGCUAGUUGCAGAGACCAAAAUCAUCCAUGCGCUAUAUUAAGCUAAAGCACGCUUGCUGCGUGGGGUAAUGAAGUCCAUUUGUAUGUGCUGCCAAAGGUGCGCUACAUGGUGGUGGACAAAACUGGACAAGCUUCUCGCGUCCUUCUCCAACUACCACGGCAAUCACAGAUCGCGGACGCAAAAAGCGCGGUGAUCAUGCUGAGUGGUCAAAAUACGAUCGGCGUGUGCAAUGAAUACGGAUUUCUUCCAAUCUGAAU